UAUGAGAUACGCACGAUUAUCUAUCCAUAAGUCAGCUUUCGCAUCACAUUAUGCAGCGCACUCAACUGCUAUUCGUUGCUUGGCUGGCAUUUAGCUCUGCCCAGGACAUCGGCACAGAGGAACAGAGGUUAUUGGCGGACAGAGAUACGCUCGAUCCACCGGAUGGUCGCAUUGUCGGUGGUUGGGCGACAAAGAUCGAGUAUUUCCCACACCAGGUCUCACUGCAGAAGGGAGCGCGUCAUAUCUGCGGUGCCACUAUAUUGUCACCCAGUCUGGUCCUAACUGCCGCUCAUUGUGUGCUAAAGGCUUCUGAGCCGCAGAGCUAUUUCAUACGCGCUGGCUCCAGCAAGUGGUCAACUGGUGGCAGCUACCAUCGUAUUCGUCGUAUCAUUCCCCACGAGCAUUUCAAUCUACCUACACAUAUGAACAACGACAUCGCUCUGAUACAGCUCCAAGAUCCGCUUAUCUUUAGCGACACAAUAAAACCCAUUCCGAUCGUAUCGCCUAUGGAUGAUGUGCCCACACUGGCUCAGCUCUUCGUCAGCGGCUGGGGCUCCACAACAGUAGAGCAAAUAGCGACUUCACCGCGCUUGCAUUACACAGUCAUCGUUGAAUUGAAUCGCGAUGCGUGCGCACAUAACUACUUUGGCGCCGGCACAUUAACAUCCACCAUGUUCUGUGCAGGCAGCAAGUCUGGCAAAGGUGAUCGGGACAGCUGCGUGGGCGAUUCGGGUGGUCCGUUGAUCACACUCGUUGAUGGUCGCUUCAAACUGCUUGGCAUUGUGUCUUGGGGCUUAGGCUGCGCCAACGCUCAAUAUCCUGGUGUUUAUACGUAUGUGCCUGCUUAUAUCAACUGGCUACACCAAACAGUGCAGACACUGAUCUAGGACUAUAAUAUUUGGGUUUUGUUGUUAACCUAACUAACCUAACUAAAAAUAGAUUUAAUAAGUUUGUUAACAAUCGCACAGCUCACAAAUUGUAUGACUAUUAUAAAAGAGUGUCCACUUAAUGUAAAUAUUUUGUAUAUGACCCACUUAAGCACUUAUUUUUGACCUAAUAUUAAUAAUCUAUAUAUAAGUUGUAUUAUUGUGAAUAAACUAUGAACACUUCCUCGCACAUUUUUGUUGAACAGUAAUGAUUGUCAACACUGAACUUGUUUAAUAUUCAGUCGAUUAAAUAUGUAUACAAAUU